AUGCCCAAGACGCCAGGCUCGAGUGCUUCUGGCUCAAGUCGUCGUGGUCGAGGUCGAGGAGGUAGAGGUUGGAGAGGCCGCACUUACAACCGCGGGGACAGUGGUGGUUUGUCCUCCAGAGGUGGCUCAACACGGUCGCGAGCUCGUAAUCCCUCUUCAUCAAUCCGCUACAGUCCUGCUUCCCGGAACCAAGAACAAUAUUCUGAUUCACAAGAACCGCAGACGCCCGGCGCCGACACUCGUGCUCGAAGCAGCAGUGAGCCCAUUCAACAUGAAGUUGUCAUGGCCAUCGAUCUGAGGGAGAAUUUCACCAUUGGGUGUGCAUAUUUCUCAACUAGUGACGGGAUUCUCCAUGUAUCAGAGGACAUUGCCACGGCUUCACUCGACAUUGCGGAGCAAUUUCUUAUCCACAUCCAACCAACCAGUCUUCUUGUAUCGGCAAGAGCACCUUCUAGUUUCCGGGACCAACUGGAAAGGAUCGCUGCAUCAGAAGGUGCCUCAGGAGGUGUCAUUUUCCGCGGCUUGCAGUCGUCAGAGUUCUCAAUCGAGACGGCACACGAACGACUUGUCAGCCUCGAUUCUCAAGCUUUGUCUGCUACUGGUAUCGUAUUUUCCACAGGGAUUGAGGAGGACGGAAGUGAAGAAUCCAUACCGGGUCUUUCCCAACCUGAGUCGCAAGCAUUCCGUCAACUUCGCUAUGGAGGUUGCAUAAACAUGAGUAGCCAGGUAUCAGUGGGAUGUGCUGGUGCCUUACUUGGCGAUAUUCUUCGUCGACGAACCGCUGGUUUUCUCCCUGAUGGACAAGUUGCCGGAGUUCUCUUUCGUGUUGUUGAUAUCCGCAUGUUUUCCCUUAAUACUUACAUGUAUGUCAGUACUGACGCUCUCUUGUCACUGCAAAUUCUGCAGACCGAAUUGCACCCCAACAGCCAAGCGAGCAAGAGCAAUUCGAAAGAAAGUCUUUCUGUAUAUGGACUGUUCCAUCACCUGGCUUGUACCCCUCAGGGACGUACACAACUACGUCAACUCUUCCUUCGACCCCUGUUGGACCUCGACAUCAUUUCGGAGAGGCAGAGAACCAUCGCAGUAUUGCUUCAACCAAACAACGCUGACAAACUUGCACAAUUGACUUCGACCCUACGCAAAGUUCGAAACAUGCGCACCACUUUAGCGCAGUUGCGAAAAGGUAUUGAGUUUCCCUCUGCUGGUCAAUCUUUCGAUAGGGGCGUAUGGGCAACAAUCCAGAAGUUCACCACCCAAGCUCUGACUCUCAGAGAAAUGAUAGGCUUGUUUAAUGGAGGCUCUGAUAUAGUGAUCUUCAAGAAACUGAUUCAUUCCCUCGAACCGGCCAGCUUAGUAGUUGUUGGAGACAUGAUCAACAAGGCAAUCGAUUUUGAACAGUCCAAGGAACGCCACAGAUCCUCCGUCAGAGCCGGAACAGAUACUCAACUUGACGAACUAAAAAGACGGGAGUUACCACAAUGGGCACGUAAAUAUGUUCGGUCGUGCAUCUUUCUGCCACAAAUAGGUUUCCUCACAGUGGUGGAAUCAAAUCGCCUCACAGGUAACGGGCAAUAUGAAGGAGAGGGAACAGCUGUUGCAGCGUGGGAAAAGUUGUUUACUGCGGACGGUGCAGUGUGUUACAAAAACAGCUACAUGAGAGAGUUAGAUGAGGAAUACGGAGACAUGUAUUGCCAGAUUGGAGAUCGGGAGGUGGAGAUCAUACAUGGGCUUGCAGGUAAAGUUUUGGAGCACGAGGAGCAUCUCUUGCUUGCCUCAGAGAUGUGUGGUGAGUUUGAUGCAAUACUUGCCCUUGCGCUUGGUGCCGAAAAGUACGAUUGGCAUGCACCACAAAUGGUGGAAGCAAGCAUUAUUCACAUCGAGGAAGGCCGCCAUCCUCUGCAAGAACUCGUUGUGCCGGCCUUCAUCCCAAAUCCCUGCCAUCUCUUUACAGGGACAUCAAACAUAGCGGCGGUCCAAGACGGCUCUCCUCAGGCUCUGGUACUGACUGGGCCAAAUCACUCUGGGAAGAGUGUCUAUCUGAAGCAAACAGCUAUAAUUGUGUAUCUUGCCCACAUCGGCAGUUUUGUGCCGGCAGUUCAGGCAACAAUCGGGCUUACAGAGAGCAUCUUGACUUGCAUGUCUUCCAGGGAAAGCAUGUCUGGAGGUGAGAGCGCUUUUGCAAGAGACAUGAAACAAGCUGCGCUAUCAAUGAAAUCAUCAACACCCAGAAGCCUCAUCUUGGUAGAUGAAUUCGGGAGAGGGACCAAUGGCGAUGACGGUGCCGGACUGCUAUCCGCGCUACUGGACUACUACCUAUCUCUCGGACCCAAAUGCCCUCGACUACUUGCUGCCACGCACUUUCAUGAAGUUUUCGAGUGCGCGUAUUUGGGAAAUCACAAUGGGUUACGCAUUGCGCACAUGAACGUCAGAAUGGACUGGAAUGCGUCACUUGUGGAUGAUCAAAUGACCUUUCUCUUCAACCUUGAGUAUGGUCAUAGCACGUCGAGUUUUGGAGGUAGAUGUGCAGCUUUGAAUGGGGUGCCAAGCGCAGUGGUUGAACGCGCCGAAAACAUUUCAAAGUUGCUGGCCCGAAGCGAAGACCUGAGUGCUGUUUGUGCCCGCCUUUCUCGAGCAGAGGAAGUCCAGCUUGGCAAAGCAGAGAUGACUGCGCGGCUGUUUCUAAGCGAGACCUUCGGCGACCAAGACGAGGCCAACUUGAACGAGGAAGAACAUACGAGGGGUUCUAUUAUUGAGGUCUUAGAGGACAUACUAUCACCUAAUAUUUGA